CUUUCCACUGCGGCUGAACUGCGGGAGAACAUGCGCGCCCUCUUUUCUGGGGAAUUCACGUCCCUGACACUGUUGAUGCCAGAUCACAAAGUCCUCAAUUACAUCCAGUGUCCAAACUCUCCAUUCUACAGCUCGAGACCAAGUCAACUACCCUCCGGACAUGCGGUAGUGUCUUCCACUUCUCCUCCGAUCCUUUCCUUGACGCUUUCCGUACAAACAACAGCAAGAUCAGCGCAGUGUCUCGAAAAUGGCGCAAGUCAUUGCGAACUCCGGCCACGAUGAUAUGAUUCACGAUGCAGUGUUAGAUUACUACGGGCGACGUUUAGCGACAUGUUCGAGCGACAAGACGAUCAAGAUCUUCGAAAUAGAUGGUGACCAGCAUCGGUUAACGGAGACGUUGAAAGGUCACGAAGGCGCAGUAUGGUGCGUGUCGUGGGCACACCCCAAAUUCGGCACACUACUCGCAUCCUCCUCGUACGACGGCCGAGUACACAUCUACCGCGAGACUCCCGCACAACAGCCAAACCACCAAGCCACAUGGUCUCUAGUCUUCACAUCCACCAUUCACACCGCCUCAGUGAACAUGGUAUCCUGGGCACCUCCCGAGCUAGGCUGUCUACUAGCCUGCGCUUCCUCAGACGGCAACGUCUCGGUCCUCGAAUUUCGGGAUAACCAAUGGGCUCACGUCAUUUUUCCUGCACACGCAAUGGGUGUGAACGCAGUAAGUUGGGCACCAGCAGGCAGUCCCGGCGCUAUCACCAGGAAAGACGGCGGUGGCGGUACCAGUAACGUCCGCCGCUUCGUUACAGGCGGGAGCGACAAUGCAGUCAAGAUCUGGGAGUUCAACAAGGACACUCAAAACUAUGAGAAUACGCUGGUUCUACCGUCUGGACAUGGCGACUGGGUAAGGGACGUGGCGUGGAGUCCGACGCUCUUGAGCAAGACUUAUAUCGCCAGUGCAUCGCAGGACAAGACGGUGAAGAUCUGGACGAGUACCAACCCGGCGGACAGCAAUUCGUGGACGCUUGCGAAGACGCUUGAAUUCGAUGCGGUCUUGUGGCGCGUUAGUUGGAGUUUGUCGGGCAAUAUCCUGGCCGUGAGUGGUGGGGAUAAUAAGGUUACGCUGUGGAAGGAGGAUCUUAAGGGGAACUGGGAGAUGGUCAGGGAGGUUACGGAAUAAAGCAUCACGCCUUGAUGCGACAACUACGCGCGGGAUGUGCUUUCAUGGCAGGACAGUAUCAUGCAUGAUCUGUACCGAGUACGUGGAAAAAUGCGUUUCCAAGGCGAAAGGUCUCAUGUAAGAUUCUUGACUGGGUCGACCAAAAGCUACACAAACACAGGGUUCAUAAGACAACGAUGUUAGAUUCGAACGAUGAAGGCGGUUCAAAAUCAUCA